UUGUGCUACUUUACCGUACCGCUAACUUCACUCGCCAACAGCCGCUCGGCGAGACAUUAAUCUGAAUUUUGGUAAAAUUAUGGAAUCGAAAUCCCUGAACGCGUGUGUAAUUUCUAUGUUUAUUCACAUGUCCUUAAUUAGCAGCUUUCGGGUUCUUAAUUGGUGAAGUCAGAGGGCCAGACGAUGCUAGCCGGUUAGCCCGGGUUGUUGCUAGCUGGCUAAGGAAGUUAGCCGGUUAGCUAGCAAUCCGCGUCAGCUUGCCGGAGGCUGUUCUCUUGUUUCGCGCAUUUCAAGCCUGUUCACCGACCUCAGUAACUGUUAAACCGGUUCCUAAACGUAAACGUUACAAUAUAGCCCUACCAAUGUAAAAUAUAAAAGACAGAAACUUGCACGACCCGUUUUUAAAAUGAGGAGUAAACAGUGUUUAUCCUAAGCGGCUGGUUUUGUGCCAACGCUUGCUCUUUUGUUUUGACAAAGGAAGAGGACCUGAAUUUCUUUUCUUUUUUUUUCACACCAUUUCACAUUUGGUCGUCGGACAGUUUUUUCUAGGAUUGUUUUCCCCUCCCCAGUUUUGACUAUGGCUCCACAAAAGCAGAGCUCCUCAGGUGGAAGUCACCCGGUGGGUUUUGGUUCUGGAGGAAAAGCCAACGGGUUGUACCAGUCGUCCUCCGCUGUGAUGGCUGCAGCCAAGAAGCCCAACAUGCAACUUAUUCAAGCCGACCACGAGUUGUUUCUGCAGGCCUUCGAGAAACCAACCCAAAUCUACAGGUUUCUUCGCACAAGGAACUUGAUUGCUCCUAUAUUCUUGCACAGAACACUCACCUAUAUGUCCCACAGAAACUCAAGGAAUAACGUCAAAAGGAAAAGCUCCAAGGUUGACAAUCUGCUGUUCAAAGUGGAAAAGAUGAGAGGUGAACAGGAGACUCACAGCUUGGCCUCUAAUCUGCAGCUCACAUUUACUGGCUUCUUUCAUAAAGCUGGAAAACCAACUCAGGACAGUGAAAAUGACCAGAACUCUGUGUCUCUGGAGGUGCUGCUGGUCAAAGUCUGCCACAAGAAGCGAAAGGAUGUCAGCUGUCCAGUGAAGCAGGUCCCUACAGGGAAGAAGCAGGUUCCUCUCAAUCCAGACACGAGUGCUGGAGUCCAGGCCAAGACAGGCUCCUUCCCCUCCCUGCUGGUCCCCAGCAGUGAGUUUGAACCCAGCAACUCCCACAUGGUCAAAUCUUACUCAUUGCUCUUUAGAGUAUCAAGACCUGGAUGUCCCCGAACACAGAUCAAUGGCCUGGCAAAUGGAGAGAAUCACCACAGCAGAGAUUUUUCAGAGGAAGUCGUGAACAGGAAGAGGAGGAGCUCCUCUCUCAGGGAGGAGGGAGAAACCACAUUUGUGGCUCAGAUGACUGUCUUUGAUAAAAACAGACGCCUGCAGUUGUUAGAUGGGGAGUAUGAGGUGUCUAUGCAAGAGAUGGAGGAGUGUCCUGUCAACAAGAAGAGGGCGACCUGGGAGACCAUCCUGGACGGAAAGCGUUUGCCUCCAUUUGAGAGUUUCUCUCAGGGUCCGACCCUACAGUUCACCCUGCGCUGGACCAGCGACUCCACCGAUCGAUCCACUGCACCUGUGGCUAAACCGCUGGCCACCCGCAACUCCGAGACCAACCAGGACACCAGACCCAGCACUCUGAGAGCCACACACACACUGGCUGUGAAAGAAUCCUUAAAUGCAGACGUGCAAACCAGAAGAGAACUAAUCUCAGCUGAGCCUCGACAGAAACUACGAAUCUUCUACCAGUUCCAAUACAACCACAACACACGGCAGCAGACCGAGGCCAGAGACGACCUCCACUGUCCCUGGUGCACCCUCAACUGCAGGAAGCUGUACAGUCUGCUCAAACAUCUCAAACUGUCCCACUCCCGCUUCAUCUUCAACUAUGUGCCCCAUCCUAAGGGAGCAAAGAUCGAGGUCUCUAUCAAUGAGUGUUACGACGGCUCAUAUGCUGGAAACCCUCAGGACAUCCACAGCCAGCCGGGCUUUGCCUUUAGCAGGAAUGGCCCCGUGAAGAGGACCGCUGUCACCCACAUCCUGGUCUGCAGACCAAAGAGGACGAAGCCAAGUCUGUCUGAGUUCCUGGAGUCAGAGGACGGCGAUCGGGAGCAGCAAAGGACGUACAUCAGUGGACACAACCGCCUGUACUUCCACAGCGACUGCUGCCUGCCGCUCAGACCUCAGGAGAUGGAAGUGGACAGUGAAGACGAGAGGGACCCUGACUGGCUCAAAGAGAAGACUGUUAAGCAAAUCGAGGAGUUCACUGACGUCAACGAGGGGGAGAAGGAGAUCAUGAAGCUGUGGAACCUGCACGUCAUGAAGCACGGCUUCAUAGCAGACAACCAGAUGAACGAGGCCUGCCUGCUGUUUGCUGAACACCACGCCACCGUCAUCAUCAAACACAGCCUUUGCCGCAACUUCCUGUUGCACCUGAUCAGCAUGCACGACUUCAACCUGAUCAGCACGCUGACCAUCGACCAAGCCAUGGCCAGACUCCGCCUCCUCCAGAACCAGGCCGCUCGCGCAAAUAGAAACGAGGACGAAGAAGAAGAGGAAGAGGAGGAGGACUGGGAGACGGCCGUGGAGUCCCAGCCAGAGCUGGACCCCGAUCCUGAUCCCGACCCAUCCGAGUACAGAGCCUGUAGCGAUGAGACGAGCAACGGCUGCCUGGAGAACGGAAACCAGCAGGAGGAGGGGAGCUGAGGAGCCGUGACGGAAAAGCCAAGCAGAACAUCUCGGCUUGGUUCUACGCUGACUGCUCGAUCAGACAUCCCCAAAUAGGACAGAAAACCGAGGCCUGAGGCGACAGACAAGCAGGUGUCAGACACACACACAGGUUACUGCAGGGAUACCGUCCUCAAAGGCAGGUUACAUCAGGAACAAGAUGAACUUGAAAUCACAGAAGUCAUUUGUUUUCCACUUUUUCCACACGUUCAAGUCGAAGAGACACUUCAGAGGCGCUUCAACGUCGCAACUUGUUCAAAACUUGAAGCUUUGAACCAUCAAUAUUUUCUCGUUUUUUCACAUCGUGUGUCCCGAUGCUGUCGAUGUAUCAGGGUUUUUAGCUCUGAAACUCAAAGGUGCUGCAGUUGCUGUGUCGUUUCUUUUAUGUUACCAGAAAAAUCACGUUUAUUUCCGACAAAACUAUGGAGUGAGCACGAAAUUCAGUCUUAAGUUCAGAUGUGCCGAGUCAGGGUUGAAACGAUUAUUAGAAAUGAAGGAGACGAAAAACUGAUAUGUGGAACUGAAACACAUUCGCAGUGAAAAUGAAAAUCUCUGCGUAUAAAUCAAGGACAACGUUAAUUGAACCGGUCAGCUCAUUUAAGUUUUACAUUUAUCAAGUAAAAGAGACCUUUUCAACCUUUUGUCUUUUAGUUUUGAUAAAUAACAGUGAGAGAAGCAGCUGAAUUUAUUUAUUUUAUCAGGAAAUGGUUGCAAAAAAAACAAUACUGAUGAUUGGAAAAAUGCUGAAUGUGGGACCUGAUAAUGACCCAGAGUGUGGAGACAUAUUCUGAAAAAGAUUCCCUGAAAAGACCCAAACUAACAACAAGUGGCUCAGCGCUUGUUGAAUUCUCCCCACCUCAGCUGAGAUCGGUAAUUUGUUUGGGCUUAAUCCACAUCAACGACUGUAUUUGUAUGCUUCCCCAACCACACAAAUAAGACUUCAUCCUCACCUGUAGUUUGAUGACUGUUUAUUUAGUGUUCACUUCAUAGUUCAGUUAACAAACCUCAGAUGGGAUCGUCUUCCUCAGUGUGAAGCACCAAUCUGACCUUUCCAGGCACGCUCAGCUCCACCAAAGGUUUUCUUUUCUUACCGUGUGUUCACAUGCUCAUCAGUUCCUCGGUUAGGAGUCACAGAUCAGUGCCUGCCCUGUACCUCAACAGUUCACGUGAAUCAGUUUCCAGCUGCCGUUUCUUGUACUUUUUUUUGAGAACCCUGACUCACACACGUCCAGUCCAGAUUUUUUUUUCUAACUGCUGGUGCUAGAUGUUUGUAUUCCUCAGAAACCUUCAUUUCGAUGCAGCUCUGCUCCUUUUCCUACAGCGACCUCUACUUGGUGUUUUUCCUCUUUGUUACGAUGCAGCUCUGCUCUGCUGAUCCCAGGACAACUUUAAGCUCCUCAAGGUUGUACAGUGCUGAAUGGUGACAUCUGAACUCAAGCACAAUUUGUGACUCCUUUUUGAAGUCUGUCAGUCACUUGUUGAGUUUGUCUGUGAGGCUCGAGAAGUGAAGAUGCUUCUCACAAGACUAAACUCAGUGAAACAGCUAUUUUUAUUAUCAGCUGAAUAGGGCUGCAAAUGACAUUUAUUUCAUUGUAGAAUAACCUGUUGGUCAUUUUCUCAAUUCAUUGGAUACAUGUUUGGCCUGUACAAUGUGAGAAAAGGUGAUCAGUGUCCAAAUGACACCCUCAAAUCAAAGAUAUUUAGUUUCCUAUCAUGGUGGAGUUUACCGAGGUGCUGCCUCCAGUGUAUUUGGAUUCAAAUCAUUAUGAACGGAAUAAUCGGGAGGUUUUGGACUGUUUUUCUCAGAUGCACAAGCUCUGCUGAUCUGUAUUUUUCUUUAUUUGACUUGUUGGAAGGGUCACACAACAUUCACUGGCGCUCAACCAGGUGCUGUUUUCUUUCCUUGUGUUGUUGCUGCCCCUUUUAUGUACAUAAGACUCUGUUAAAUUAGGUGUACAGAAUUAGCUUUGGAACAUGGCUGUUUGGAGACCUGAAGACCAGCCAAGAGGUUUUUGUUAGUUUCUUAGUUUACACACCAAAGGGGAUUCCUUCGCUGCAGAUUUCUCCGCUCUUGUUUCGUGUCUCAUGUUAAAAAAAAAAAAAGAGAGAGAGAGGAGAAAAAAAAAAAAGAUUUCUGCAAAGCAGACUCAGGCUGCAUUCCUGGACCAUCUGACCCAGGAUCCUCACUGCCUUCAAAUCAUCUGAGGUUCAACAGUGAGACAAGAAAAAAACAACAUGGAGUCCGGAUACUGCCUUACAGUUUACUGCUCCGUUCUGAACAGAUUGUAUGCAGUAUGAGCCUCCAGAUGUAGCCAGCUGUUAGGACUGGCACUGCCACAGAAAUAUUUUGAGCUUUGAUGGGAUUAGUUGGGUUUAUGUCUUGUAUUGUGGCCCUGCUCUUUUAAAGCUUUACAUCAGUCCAAUAGUGACAAAUCCAGCCUGUAGGAAUCUGCUUUGCUGCAGGAAUUCAGAGCCAUUUGGGUUCACAUGUGACAGUUCUGUGACGGAGCACUUUCUGGUUUCAGUGGAGCCCGCUGUAGGUUUUUUUUUUUUUUUCUUUCGUUCAUUCAUUCACAAGACCAGCAGCAUUUUGCACAAGAUGGGAGGAGCCAUGUCAAAAAACAAGACUUUUCUUCAACAGUAAUGUACAACCAGCUUGACAAUAUGAACGUUUGAGGCAAGUCAGAUUGGUUUUCUAUUAAAAGAACGAUUUUGUAA